AUGGGUAACCACGCCGGCGUGCAGCGGCUACCGGAGACGACGACAACGCCGUCGAGAGGCAUCACGGAGAGCGUCACGGCGUCGCACGAAUUCAAGGUGACCAACUACCGGGCGCUCGACGGCGUGUUGGGCGUGGGCAAGUCCGUUAAGUCUGCCACGUUCAGCGUCGGCGGCUACGACUGGGAAAUCAGGUUCUUCCCGGACGGGGACAGAAGGGAGUCUGCCAGCUAUGCGUCGAUCUACUUGGCUUGUCUCAGCCCGGCGGCCAAGCUUGACGUGAGCACAAAGUUCACCUUAACAGUGCUAACGCAACGAGCUGGCAAAGUAGCCAGCAUGGACGACACUCGGUGCACCUUCUCUCCCACGAGCGUCACUUGGGGCUGGACGAAAUUCGUCGAGAAAUCGAAGCUGAAAUCGCCGGACCACGACGAUGCCUACUUAAUAACGAUAAGGUGCGACCUCACCGUGCCCAAAGAACCAAGCACGGAGUGCAAGGGGGUCCUUAUCGAGGUUCCGCCGUCGGAGCUGCCAGGCCACCUCGAGCGCGCCCUCAAGGACAAGAAAGGCACGGACGUCACGCUCCUGGUCGGCGGCAGGGAGUUCACCGCACAUAGGUUCAUGCUGGCUUCACGGUCGCCGGUCUUGGAUGCACAGCUCUUCGGUCCCACCCUGAAGAAGGAGGACGCACGGCGCGUCGAGUUCGUGGACAUGGAGCCGGCCAUCUUCCAGAUGCUCCUUCACUUCAUCUACACGGACUCGCUGCCGCCACCGACGUGCGACGACAGUCAAGUAGGAGGCUACGGUACAGCCGAGAUGCAACAUCUGCUGGUCGCAGCGGAUCGGUACGGGCUGCACAGGCUCAAGCUGAUCUGCGAAGAGAAGCUGUGCAGAGGCAUCAAGGUGGAGAACGUCAUGAGUACAAUGGCGUUGGCGGAUCGGCACUGCUGCCACCGGCUCAAGGAUGCAUGCGUAGCGUUUAUGUCACAGCCGGAUGUGAUGGGCGCCGUCGUGAGGGACGAUGGGUUCAAGCACCUCAUAGGACGCUGCCCCAUGUUGGGUUUGGAGGAGAGCCAUGAGAGCAAGUACUCGGAGCCACAAAUUUAGCAGUGCGGCCAAUU